AUGCAAGGCCCCAAGGCGGCGCCCCUGCGCCAGGCGUGCGUGCGGGCGCCCAAAGUGGUGGACACGACCGGCGCGGGCGACUGCUUCACCGCGGCGUUUGCCGUGGCGGUACUGGAGGGCCUGGAGCCGCAGAGCGCGCUGCUGUUCGCGUCCGCGGCGGCGAGCAUCUGCGUCCAGCGGCCGGGCGCGAUCCCGAGCCUGCCGACCGCCGACGAGGUGGAGGCGCUGCUCGCGAGAUUGUAA